GGUGAAGGUACCUCGUGUUACCGCUGACAUUUAGUACCGUGUUUAGUAAUAGCGGUAAUAGCGUAGACAUUUUUACGGGUAUUGACGUAAUCACGAGUCGAGAUUGUGCAGUUGGUUGGCUCGAAAAGUAAAAUUCGUUUUUUGCAUACGUAUAAGUGUGUCGUCACAGAGGAUGAGCAAUCGCUUUGAAGGUUAAAAGGUUCGAAAGACGAGCGGAAUGCAGCUGGCAACCAGUCAAAGGCCUCAUCCGCCUCCGGUGCCACCUCGACCGAGUCGGCAGGUGGUUGCCGAGGCCCUUAAGAGAUCGCCAAGGCCGCCCUGUCCCACUAGGCAGGCACCACCGCCGCCAAACACGAAGCCCUGGAGAUCCGAUCAGCAACAAAUGCAGCAGCAGCAGCAGCAGCAGCAACAACAACAGCAACAGCAACAAGCGGACCCAACGGGUGGACGUACAACUGUAUACGAAUCCCUCAAAGAGUGCAUGAAGGAUUGCAAGGGCGAGAAUGUGUCCAACGACAGAAAUCCACGAGAUCGCAACCAGACGCGAAAUACAGACACAAUUGUUGAGGAUAACCGGUCGGAGGAUGGAAACAAAGUUACCUCGACUCACGAUCAACAUCACAGACCUGGUAUCGGUUCGGAAAAGCCUUAUCCCACGGGGAACGUUCCAGUGAAUAUCGUGCGGAAGCGCAACAGCCUGACCGAGGAUCAACGGCCGCAACGUAGGCUGGAGAUCCGAAGAAACUCCCGCGGGAAAGACCUAGCCGGUGCUCUACCAUAUCAUCGUGACCGAUGGAAGAAGUUACCUGAUAAAGAUCAUCAGCAAAGAGAGAAUAGUGUCGUCACCUCGACUGAGAAAUUCGAAACGGCAUCGACGACGACAACGACGACGACGACGACGACGACGACGACGAAGCCACCGGUGGCUAUCCGAGCUGUCAACGUGUCCUUCGAAGACGAGCGUCGUGCAUCGUCCUCUACUCCGGACUCCGCUCGAGGGCGAGUCACAGUGAGUCACGCGGAAAAAUGCAACGGCGAUUCGGAGAGAGCAGACGGGCGCAACGCCCGGUCGACGCCCACGUGUCGAUCGUGUCCUGAUGAGCAACAAUCGCAACAACAGCAGGAAACGUUCGUGGCCAGUGGAAAGCUCGGUAACGGAGGUGUCAAGACUCUGUCUCCUAUUGAGAAAUCGACGAAUAUCCCGAGCGUUGACCGCGCUGCCACUACGUUGCUCGUCGUCGACGAAUCAGAGCGUAAAAUUCCGCCCAGCGACCAAGAGGACAGUAACGACAACGAUAGCGACAACAAUAUCCACCGGCAGGACUGGCUGGAGGCGGGGGUUCGUUACUCUUCCACGCAGAUUACUUUGCAUGGAGAUGACGGCGACGACGACACCGACACCGUCGACGUGGGUCGAGUCAAUGGUUAUGAUCAUCGCGAAGAGGAGAGAAUAACUGAUCUUGAUUUUAUCAGUAUUCAAGAAAGGAUUGCGAUGUCUUCCCUGCAAGGAUUACCCCCGUUACCGAGAAGCUUGAGCGGCUUCAACCUGAGCGGUCGCGGCGAGAGCGGUGAGCCGCCUCCACCGCCCACGAGGUCGUCCAGUAAAUCCCAAAGAGGCAGCAAAACGUCGCUGCAAACAUCGUCAUCGAGGCCGUCUCCACCUGCCAGACAACUUACUACCUUGGAUACCCAACUGGCAGUGCUCAGGAGAGAAAUGUUUGGUCUGCGGCAGCUCGAUCUCUCGUUAUUGUCGCAAUUGUGGUCCUUGAACGAGUCGAUCCAGGAGUUCCGACAGCUGCUGCAGGAACAGGAGGAUCGAGCGCCUUCGCCGUCGCCCAGCAGCGAAGAGGGAGAAGAUAUGACUUAUGGGAUACAUCCGCCGCCGCCACCGAGAAGACCAGCACCCACGCUGCAUCAUCGGCCACCACGACCUCCCAGGCCACCCAGGCCAUCAGCCAGUGACGAGUCGCCAUCGAGCGAGGAGUACGGGGCCGUUUGACGUAUCGUUACCGAGAGGAAGAAGUACUCAAAAAGGUCUCGGUCCUCUCAUCGCACCUAGAACGGCGUUCCAGCAAGCGCCAGUAUCUCCGAAACACGAGAAAAAAAACCUCAGAGACUUUUGUGAAAAUGAAAAUUGCGACUAUCGAAAUCGGUGGUCAAGAUUCGCGCGUGCACGCGCAUCGUGAUAUUCGAUUGCAAAUUGCUGAUUCCUAAGAAGUACCUGCAACAUCGCUUGCAGAGCCAUUCGAGAUCACGGUUCUUUAAUUUGUGACCGGAAUUGAUGAUCGAAUCGGUCGGUUGGCUAAAAGAUUAUUUCGCGGUAGAUUAGUCGUGGUCGCGCGUACGGUGCUAUCUGCGUAACUAUCCGGAGAAGUUGUCCGCUUUUCCCGCAGGCCGUCGUUUAGAGAACUAUUCGAGAUUAUCCGCGAUCGCUACUUCAGCACGAAAGGAUUGAUGAUCGAAUCAAAACUCGACGGUGGAAGACCGCAGUAGUUCAGUCGCCAAUAUGCGAAAGUUGUUUCACAUAUGCAAGAUAAUAAUCAUUUCUCACAGGACUUCUGCCCGGAGAAGAGCAUCGACUUGCCAAUUUGCAAUAAUGACAUUCCGCAUAUAUCGCGCUCUAAAUAAGGAAGGACUCGAUUGCCGCGAGCGAGAGAGCUGACUUCAGCUCGACGCGCCGCUCUCCUCUCUACUUGUGAUAACGCUCGAAGGGGCCUUUGAUUAAUGAUAAUCGCACCCAUUUGUGCGGAUUAAGAUUUCUCCGCGACUCCGCUCUGCCAUAGAGCAAUUGUAACAGAUCCGAGCCCAAAGCACCGCGAUUCUUUCGUGUUGUGAUCCAAGAAGAGACGUGAUUCUUUGGCAUCACCAGCCGUGAAGCAGCGACUGGUGAAAGAAUCACAGUGUUCUCUUCUCUUCCAUGUUUUUUAAUACUGUUGCAUACCCGUCGCAAAACUUAUUCUCGUUGCUGUCGUCGGGUUACCUGCGCAAUUAGAUCUGCCAUACACGCGAAGAGGAUGGACAAAUUUAAUAUCUUUUAAAAGCAAUAUUUAACAGAAUUUGUAAAUGUUUGAUUUCUACAUUACAGAUAUAUAAAACAAGCCUUAUAGAUAUAUAAUACCUUACAAGUCUUCGCGUGUACGGCAUCUUUGGGAGAACGAAAAUUGUCAAUGUUCCACGACGCCCUUUCGUGUAGAUUAGUACUGUGUAAAGAUAUGUAAGACUAUGUGCAAAAUAAAUGAGACUUAAUUUAAAUAUACGCUGACUCGUAACAAGCGUUACGUAAUGCAACUACAACCUUUUCUUGUAUGCAUCGUUGUUCUGACACAGAUAGUUAGCAAUCGACAAUGCUGCACCUACUUGCAUGUAUGCAAAUUGCAUCUCGUUCCGAUGCAGGGUGUGUGCGGAAAUAAAUAGUGCAAUAGCAGGACAAU